UUUGAUUACGAUAAUUUCAACGAUGCUGUAAUUUGGUUAGAUAAGAGUGAAAACAAGAUAUUCGUGGCACGAUUUAACGUUAGCCCAGGAUUAGAUGAGAUGAAAAUCCAUGAGCGUGAAGUAGCUGUUAAUGGGACACAUAAAAUUCAUGUAUUCGCUUAUGAUUCGUUGAAUAAAGUUAUAUUCUGGAUUGAUGACUAUGGAAUCAGAUCAGAAAAUUUGUUUAAAAUGUUCCGUAAGACACAACCAAUUGAACAGCAACCUAAACUUCUGCGUACUUUGGAUCCUUCUUAUGAAAGACCUGGAUCUAUCACUAUCGAUGUGAAGAAACAGUGCAUCUUUUGGAUGAAUAUUCCUGUCAAUCCAGACAGACCUUUUGCUACUCCUAUAUUCAUCGAGCGAAUCGAUAUAAGUGAUGAACCGAAAACCGAAAAAAUAGUCAAAGGCGAGUUCGAACCCAAAUGGAACCACCCGCUUGGCUUAGCCAUUGACACUAAAAACACCAAAGUCUAUUGGAUUGAUUUAAGGGGUACGGUAAACUCGGUUGGAUAUGAUGGAACCAAUCGUAUCAUUUGGUAUAGAAAUUUAAACCUAACGUUUGAACUUAUAUCAAUGGACAUAUUUUCAAAUUAUUUGUACUUCACUGAUAAACCGCGAAGUAAAAUCCAUCGUAUCAAUUUAAACAAUGGAGUCAGUAAAGCUGAUACUUUGGUAUCUGUACCUAAUGACCCACCUACACGGAUUAAAAUAAUUGACCCGAGAGUACAAUUUACGAACUUUGCUCCCAUUCUAAAGGGUGGAGCAAAAGCAGAGUCACAAAUUAUUGAUCCGAUAUCUUGCCUGAAUUUUGGCCACGU